AUGUCACAAUACGGAGAACCUUACAAGUGGGGAAAUGCCUGGGAAGGAACAGAGUUUGAAGCCAUAAUUAGCGAGUUGAUUGAGAAAACUGGUAAGAACAAGGAGCAGCUAAAUAAAAUCCAGGCAACCCUUGAUUCACUACAGAGGGGCCAUGAUGCCCUUAAAAAUAAAAUAGUAGGUCCACUAGAAUACGAAUUUAAGGCCUUCAAAGAUGACACAAUAAAAACAGUUGUAAAGAUAUACAAGAAGUUACAUGAAGCAGUUUGAGCGUAGUAUUUUUCCACCAGGAGGCACAUAGUAGUAGAAGCAGCUGGGUGGGCUAGGGGAACGCUGCUUCAUAAGUUAAGUUUAAAUGUCACAUAAAAUACGGCAAAAAUUUUUACACAUAUAGUAUAGGAAAGAUGGAGAAAUUAUUUAGGAAUCAGUAGUUGAAUGUUAGUGUAAGGACCGUGAGGUGGGGUGGGGAUGUGCUGUUCUACGCAAAAGAUGUGGCGGAAUCCCUAGGGUACUCGGACACAAAAAGGGCAGUCAAAAACCACGUUUGGGAGGAAGAUAAGUAUUCACUGGGUGGUUUAAAAAGGGGUGACUUGAGUCAACCCUUACCAAACGGACAUCCGAGCACUGUUAUGAUUACUGAACAGGGUUUGUACCAGUUAAUUUUCGGAUCAGAGCUUAACACAGCAAGGGAGUUCAGGAGGUGGGUAUUUACUGAGGUACUUCCAUCUAUUCGUAAAACAGGAUCAUAUGAAUUACCAGAUAGAAGGUCACUUAGGUACAACCAAAUGAUCCUAAUAAACGAAACGGACCUUCAUCAUACAGUCGUGAGUUACAUCAGGAAUAACCACCCUGAGGCCGUAAUAAUGCCUGGUCUUGGGGAGUAUCAGGACACGAUUGCAAAAAGAUGUGACGCUUGGAAGAAAGGCUAUAAGGGCGGCCAACCUGACCUUAUUAUAGAGAACCCUAAAGGGAGGUACAUAGGAUUCGCAAUUGAACUCAAGUCUCCUAAGGGCACAGGAACUACAAGUGAGAAGCAGAUCGUAUGGCUUACAAAACUGAGGGAACUAGGAUAUAUGACAGUAAUAUCUGACGACCUGAUACAGAUCUGUAUUAAGAUUAAUGAGUACUUCCAGAUUAAAAGGAAAGAUAAAACAGUAAGGGUGAAGAAUGUAGACGGCACCGCAAAAGUGCAUAGGGAAAGGUUCUCGUUACAUAAGUACUUUUAA